CACCUCUCACGCUGACCACCACCGCGUCGCCGACAUCUCCUCCCCACCGCCUCUGUUCAUCAUCGCUGGCAGUCAAGAGCAAGCUGCGGGUUGGCUAGGACGACGAUAGGACUGCUCCCGGCGUGAUAGGAACUUUGCUGCUCGAUCUACGUGUCAAACGCAGUACAUGGCAACAUAUCCCAUGUCCCUGCCCCCUACCGCAGGCCAACCUUUGCCCCAAGUGACCGAAGAGGGCCAGUCAACACCGUCGCAUGGCGGCAUCGUGGUAGGCCACGAGUUCGAAGUACCAAUCUCGCAGAAACCGUACCCAUCACCCGUGACGCAGCAGCCGCCUGGAACGCGCGAACAGACCUAUCUUCCGAACCCGAACCCUCCAAGCCAAUCCCCACCACCCUCGCCGAGCCCAGCACCCAGUAGACGACCGUCUUCGUCGGCGCACAAGCCAAGACCGGUCUCGAUGCCGCCCAACAAUCAUGCUACCCCGGAGCGCGAUGCCCGCGACGACGGACGCAGUCGCGACCAGAGUUCGAGCAAGCCCCGCAGUACCAACCGCAUCCUCGGAGACUACACGCUGAGCAAGACGCUAGGUGCCGGGAGUAUGGGCAAGGUGAAGCUGGCGCAUCACACUCUUACGGGCGAGAAGCUCGCAGUCAAAAUUCUGCCUCGAGCGACCCCUCCGAGCGGCAGCACGAGCACCGCGGACGCGGCGGCGAAGCAGGCGUCCAAGGAUGCCUCAAAAGAGAUCCGAAUCCUGCGCGAGGCCGCGUUGUCGAUGCUGCUCCAUCACCCGUACAUCUGCGGCAUGCGCGAGAUGAUCGUGCACGCUCACCACUACUACAUGGUUCAGGAGUACGUCAACGGCGGCCAGAUGCUCGACUACAUCAUCAGCCACGGCCGCCUGCGCGAGCGCGUUGCGCGCAAGUUCGCCCGCCAGAUUGGCAGCGCGCUCGACUACUGCCACAAGAACAACGUCGUCCACCGUGACCUCAAGAUCGAGAACAUCCUCAUCUCCCAGACCGGCAACAUCAAGAUCAUCGACUUCGGUCUCUCGAACCUGUACGACCCAGUGCAUCACUUAUCGACCUUCUGCGGCUCGCUCUACUUUGCUGCCCCGGAGCUACUCAACGCGAAAGUGUAUACUGGCCCCGAGGUGGACGUGUGGAGCUUUGGAGUCGUCAUGUACGUACUCGUAUGCGGUAAGGUUCCCUUCGACGACCAGAGUAUGCCCGCUCUCCACGCAAAGAUCAAACGCGGUCUUGUCGAGUAUCCUGUCUGGCUGAGUGCAGAGUGCAAGCACCUGUUGACGAGGAUGCUCGUGACGAACCCGGGCGCCCGUGCGCCCCUCGCGGAGGUGCUCGCCCAUCCGUGGAUGGUGCGAGGUUUCUCGGGGCCGCCCGACUCCCACCUCGUCCAUCGCGAGCCGUUACGUUCCGACGAGCUCGAUCGGGCCGUCAUCCGAGGAAUGAAGGAUGAGAUCGAGCAAAAGCUGGUCGAGAUCCUCGAAUCCGAGUUGUACUACCGCUCCGUGCAGCACUGGGAGCGCAAGCGCAUGCUCCCGAACGGGCGCAACGGGAAUGGGCGGCACUGGGAGUCGUUGUCGAACUCCUCGCUCGCGAUCUCGGACGGCUCGUAUACCGUGAACGGCAAGAACGACACGCCGUCCAAGGCGAAGCGGCGAUUCUCAGGCUUUGACUUCUACCGCAAGAAGUUCUUUUCCCCCGCUUCAUCGCCGCCAGGCUCGCCGUUCGCGGGCUCGCCUCCGACCUCCUCGUCCCACUUAUCCAACUCAUCCCUCACUGACUCCAGCCAGCGGGAGCCGCCCGACCCGACGUAUGGCUUCCACCCACUCCUUUCGAUUUACUUCCUCGCGCGGGAGAAGAUGGAGCGCGAGAAGGUCUACGGCCCGGGAACCUUUGCCAACUCCAACCUCUCCCUCGAGGCUACGGCGCAGCCAGACGCCAACCCAGGCAGUGACGCACACCCUAACAACGCGAAGCAACUGUCGCAGCCUGCUAUUCACAAGAAGGAGACGGUGAAUGCGAAACCGGAUUACAGCAUGCCGCUGCCGCGCCUGCCCGCACCGGAGACGUUACACUACUCGGGGAUGUCCUAUGAUGCUACAUCGGGCCCUGCUCCCUCUCCGGUGUCUGCCACAUUCGGCGCGCAGCCCCGUGCACGCGAUGUCGCGUUCAAUGUACCGCGUACAAACAUCGUCCCGGCGUCCGCUCCGAACAGCCCAGCGAAAGGCACUACCCCUCUCCCCCGUGCUCCUGCAGCCUCCGCACAUUCCGCACAUCGCCGGAGUCACAGUCUCACUGGCCAGCGGCCCAACUCUGGUCGACCUCUGUUCAACGGUGGUGGUGUCGAGCCGGUCAACGAGAAUGCGACCUCAGCAUCCCGCAUGUCGUAUGCCGAGCAGCAGGUGCGCGCGGCGCAGAAUGACGACUAUGAGCAGAAGGUGCCCAUGUCCGCAGGCGCGACUCUCGUGCGCAGGUUCGGCAGCCUGAUCACAGGCCGCAUCGACGCGGAUGGGACGCGGCGCUCCACCAGCGGCACGAUCAAGCGCGGCAGCAUCCUGAACACGCUGACACCGCGUCCGUCUGCGGAGGUGACCGAAAAGAGGCAGAGCGGGGAGGCGAGGCGGAGCGGCGAGUCGACCCCGGUGGCCGAUUGGUACGCCCAUCGGCGGGCUGCGACGAUCCUCGAUCCCCAGGGCCGUGCCGCGAGACACGAGCGGAGGAAUAGCGCAGGACCUGCGUUGUUCGUGAACGCUGUUGGGUCCGUCGGGCGCCAUCGCCGACCGAAACCACUGGCGGACAGGUUAUUCGGGCGCACUGACGAGGAGACGAGGGUCGUGGCCACGACGUCUACGAAGUCGCCUGCCGCCAUCAAGGCAGAUAUCAGGCGCGUGCUGGACAGGAUGCAAGUACAGUACCGUGAGACGAAGACGGGCUUUGAGUGUAUUCACAUGCCCUCCAUCGACAUGACCUCAGUCCAGGCAACGCCGCGUUCGCCAGAGCAGAGACAUCGAAAACGUGCAUCGGCAGGCUCCGACGAGACGAGCAUGACUCGGGGCUCGAUCGCGAGGAAGACGUCGAAGCUCUCAUUUGGCACGAACAGGAGUGUCAAGGAGAAGGAAAAGACGCCUGAGACGAAGGAGAAGGACCUGCCGAGCCGCCCUUCUGGUGGCACGACCCUCAGCGCUACGGCGAGCAGUGCUUCGUCGUCUUUCUUCCAAGUCUCCUCAGACGCGCAUAAGAACGCUCCGCAGGAAGGUGUGCGUUCGGAGAACCCAGAGCUGAGUCCGUUGCCGACAGAGGAUUCGACCCCACGGCCGACAUCACCGACCAAGAGCAAGAUCCUGCCUCCCAUCCCCCGUGAUUUCGCAGCGAGUCCCCAGCCUACGCUGAGUGCGCUGCCCACGGGUGAGGUGGCGCCGGAUGUGUUCGAGAGCCUCGGUGCCAGCUCUCUCGCUGUGCGGUUCGAGAUUAACAUCGUGAAGGUGCCGUGGUUACCUCUGCAUGGGAUUCAAUUCCGUCGCUCGGGUGGCGAUGGGUGGCAAUACGGGAUGCUGGCUCGGCGGGUUUUGACCGAGCUGAAGCUAUGACAGUGGCUACGACCGUGAAAUUUCUCUGUGGAUUCCUGGGUGAUGCUAUCACGAUCUAUACCUAUGACCGUACUACAUUCGACUAGUUUUCUGUUUCGCGUACCUACUUCCGCCGCGUUCUCGAGCCCCUACCGUACGAGUAGACCGACCAUCGUUUCGCGUUUCUGACGUCCGCUCUGCAUAUGCUGGUUACUUAUCGAUACAAACUCUUACUUGUACCAAUGCUAUACCAUCCGGAGCUCUCAGGUCAAUGCAGUUCAUGGGAUUGCGCUCAUUUGGAGCUAUCAAA